AUGUCCUUCCCGCAGCUGGGCUACCCGCAGUACCUGAGCGCCGCGGGGCCGGGCGCCUACGGCGGCGAGCGCCGGGGGUGCUGGCCGCCGCCGCCGCCGCCGCCGGCCGCCUCGUCGGGCCGGCCGGGGGCGGCGGAGCUGGGCGCGGGCGCGGGCGCGGGCGCGGCCGCCGUCACCUCGGUGCUGGGCAUGUACGCGGCCGCCGGCCCCUACGCGGGCGCGCCCAACUACAGCGCCUUCCUGCCCUACGCCGCCGACCUCAGCCUCUUCUCGCAGAUGGGCUCACAGUAUGAACUCAAAGACAACCCCGGGGUACACCCUGCCACCUUCGCAGCGCACACGGCGCCGGCCUACUACCCCUACGGCCAGUUCCAGUACGGGGAUCCCGGGCGGCCCAAGAACGCCACGCGCGAGAGCACCAGCACGCUCAAGGCCUGGCUCAACGAGCACCGCAAGAACCCCUACCCCACCAAGGGCGAGAAGAUCAUGCUGGCCAUCAUCACCAAGAUGACCCUCACGCAGGUGUCCACCUGGUUCGCCAACGCGCGCCGGCGCCUAAAGAAGGAGAACAAAGUGACGUGGGGUGCGCGCAGCAAGGACCAGGAGGACGGAGCCCUCUUCGGAAGCGAUACUGAGGGCGACCCGGAGAAGGCCGAGGACGAUGAGGAGAUCGACCUGGAGAGCAUUGACAUCGACAAGAUCGACGAGCACGACGGCGACCAGAGCAACGAAGACGACGAGGACAAGGCGGAGGCGCCGCGCGGGCCCCCGGCACCCACGGCCCUUGCUCGGGACCAGGGCUCGCCGCUGGCAGCCGCCGACGCUCUCAAGUCCCAGGACUCGCCCCUGGGCCUGGUCAAGGAGGGCCCGGAGCCGGGCAGCACGCGCCUGCUGAGCCCGGGCGCCGCCGCGGGUGGCCUGCAGGGCGCGCCGCACAGCAAGCCCAAGAUCUGGUCCUUGGCCGAGACGGCCACGAGCCCCGACGGCGCGCCCAAGGCCUCGCCGCCGCCUCCCGCCGGCCACCCGGGCGCGCACGGGCCCCCCGCGGGCACGCCGCUGCAGCAUCCCGCCUUCCUGCCCAGCCACGGACUGUACACCUGCCACAUCGGCAAGUUCUCCAACUGGACCAACGGCGCGUUCCUCGCGCAGGGCUCCCUGCUCAACAUGCGCUCUUUCCUGGGCGUGGGCGCGCCCCACGCCGCGCCCCACGGCCCGCACCUGCCUGCGCCGCCGCCACCGCCGCAGCCGCAGCCGCCCGUCCCCGUGGCCGCGGGGGUGCUCCACGGUGACAAGGCCUCUGCUCGCAGCAGCCCCGCGCUCCCAGAGAGAGACCUCGUCCCCCGGCCGGACUCGCCCGCACAGCAGUUAAAAUCGCCCUUCCAGCCCGUGCGCGACAACUCGCUGGCCCCGCAGGAGGGGACGCCGCGGAUCCUAGCAGCCCUCCCGUCGGCCUGAUUCAGGGUCUUCUUUUACUUUUGCGGGGGGAGGGGGGAGGAAUUCGGGAGGGAGGGGAUGAGGGAGGAAUUAGGACAAAUAUUUCAGAACUGGUGUAAAGGACAAAUAUGGCCACGACGUCAACGACUCCCAUCCAUCGCUUUCUGCAGAAAGGGGCUCGUCCCGGCCGGGGUCCAGGCAGCCCGGCCUCUGCCCACACCUUUGGUGGCUGUCACCUCGCUCCGCUCCGGUUGAUUAUCGGCUCGGUAAAUGCCCCACGUGCUUGUGUCUUUUUUUUUUUUUCCUUCCUUCUUUCUGUAUAUAGAGUGAUUUCAGAUUGUAAAUAGCGCGUCAGCGAACUUGUCUAAAUCAUAUAUUUUUGUCUAAUAAACUAAAUGAAAUGAU